GCUGAAAGGAAAGGAGAGGGGAGCGGUUUACCUCCUUCAAUAGCAGAAUAAACAAUCGAUUUUUUGUUUUGCUGUUUUACUGUCUAAAUAAGAAAUAUGCAGAAGUACGAAAAAUUAGAAAAGAUCGGCGAGGGGACGUAUGGUACGGUAUUCAAAGCCAAGAAUAAAGAAACCCACGAAAUAGUAGCUCUGAAACGGGUGAGGUUAGAUGAUGACGAUGAAGGAGUACCGUCCUCUGCUUUACGUGAAAUAUGUCUGCUGAAAGAACUGAAGCAUAAGAAUAUAGUCCGGCUAUACGAUGUCUUGCAUAGUGAAAAGAAAUUGACUCUUGUAUUUGAACACUGUGAUCAGGAUUUAAAGAAAUAUUUCGAUAGUUUGAAUGGUGAGAUAGAUUUGGAUGUUGUGAAAUCUUUUAUGUACCAGCUGCUUCGUGGACUAGCUUUCUGCCAUAGCCACAAUGUCCUGCACCGAGAUUUGAAACCGCAGAAUUUAUUGAUAAACAAAAAUGGCGAGUUGAAAUUAGCCGACUUUGGCUUGGCUAGAGCAUUUGGGAUUCCUGUGAAGUGUUAUUCUGCGGAGGUUGUUACGCUGUGGUACCGGCCUCCGGACGUAUUAUUUGGCGCGAAGCUGUAUACGACAAGCAUUGACAUGUGGUCUGCUGGAUGUAUUUUUGCUGAGCUUGCUAAUUCUGGGAGACCUUUGUUCCCUGGAUCUGAUGUUGAUGAUCAAUUGAAAAGGAUUUUCAAGCUUCUGGGAACACCAAAUGAGGAUACAUGGCCUGGUGUUACUCAACUGCCAGACUACAAGCCCCUGCCAGUGUACCAGCCUAGCUUAGGGCUGGCACAGGUUGUACCUCGUCUACCAGCUCGUGGCAGAGACCUCUUAGCCCGUCUCCUUACCUGCAACCCAGCCUUGAGGAUGCCUGCCGAUGAUGCUAUGGCCCAUGCAUACUUCCAUGACCUCAAUCCAUCGGUGAAGAAUGACAGAUGUUAACAAUCAAUACGUCCGUACCGCUGCACCUCUGAACUACUGGUUAGUGAUAAAAACAAUGAUGUUGAUGCGGUGCAAGAGUGUUGUGACGAAGAAACUUAAAUAGUACAUAAGGAUAAUGACAUCUUGUAUGUAUAGUGGACCCAGUGAAUUUAUAAGUGUAGUUGGUGUGAUGUUUGCGUUUUUUUUGUAAAUUGUUAUUUUGUUAUGUUUUCAUUUUUGCAGUAAUUCUAUGUGUUAUUUAUAUUCGGCUAGUGCCAGGAAUUAUUUAUUACAGGAGGAGAAAACUAGUGUUUAUCCACUUACAAAUACUGUUGUACAUAUUUAAUCAAUUAUUGACAUACAAUAAAUAACCUUGGCCUCAAUUACGUCAAGACUACAAUAUUUAUCUAGAAAUUACUACAGAGUAGGUUUACAUACAUUUGAUAUUACAUUUCCAUGAUCUCAUUGUGUAAUGCUAAUUUUUUGUAUUGAUAUUAAUAUGCUUCACCAAAGUGAGAUUUAUUUAAAAAGGUAAUGAUUUUAUCUACAAUAAAAAUACAAAAUGCUCUUGUUAUUCAAUAUACAAAUCAAUUACUUGUACUUAAUAUUAAAUUAAGGUUUGAAUUUGUAAUAAAUGUAAAAUCUUUUAUAGUCGAUUAAUAAACAUUAUAUAGUAAAAUUCAAGUAAUAUUUAUACAUUUUCUGCUGCUUCCUUUAAUUCAGCGCUAAUUAUGUCUUUUGUGAAUUCCCCAAUCUUCCCACUGGCCUUCAUGGUAGAAGACAUGGAAGAGGAUGAUUUAAAUGAUGAAGAAGACUCUUCAAUAAUUGUUUUAGACAUGUUAGACAUUGUUUUCAUUCCACACAUGUCGGAUGUCGAGGCUAAACUCUUUUCCCCAAUUUUUUCCGUCAAUCCAGACACUCCCAAAGUUGAUUUUGUAAAAGAUUCUUCAAUCUUACUUGCUGUGACUCCAAUAUCCUUGCCAUCCUUUUUCUCAACCAGCCCCUUACUUUCAACAACUUGUUUCGACGAAAAUUUGUCUCCAUUUGUUUCUGAAAUAGUCUCUUUCAGUAGUUCUGGCUUUAGCAAUCGACUAUGUUCCUCUUUGAGCAUUAUUUGGCCAUUUUUGUUACGAGUCAUGUCUUCUGUAUCCUUGAUAUUUUCCUUAACUGAAUUUUUUAUAAUUUCUGAAGUCAUUUUACUUUCAACCUGAGUCGUUUUCGGAGUAAAGCCACACAUUUUGAUUGGUACAAUUUUUUCUUGUUUCUCGCUGGAAGAUUUCUUUUCAGCGAUUAUAAUAAGGACACCGUCUGAGGACAUGGAUGAAGUGACGUUCUCUCCGGGGCAUUGACUUGGCAACGCGUAGCGCCGCUUGAAUUGCCUCGAGAUAUAUCCAUGAGAGUCCGGCCUGUCUUCAUGUUUCCCUUCUACUAUAAUUUCAUUGUCUGUCACUCUCACACUGAUUUCCUCUGGUCGAUAAUGUUGGACGUCCAAAGUUAUUUUAAAGUUGCCUUUUUCAUUUUCUAUUGUAGAUCCGAAUUCUUUAGAGAUGCUUUGUUUGUCCAUUAGCCUCCAAGGACGAAAGUAACGCGAAUGCAUGUCGUAGAAUGGGCACAUAAAUUCUCGUGCUGGACACAUGCUAAAGUUUUCGUCUGACCAACGCGCUGGACACAUUCUCGGGAACUCCAUAUUGUGCGGAUUCGACGUGAGGAUACAAGUAAACAAUCGGAACGACUGAGUUGGAUCAGACUGCCAAAACGCUUUUAUAGACUACUUCCUAUAAUAAAACAUGUAUGGUUG